GGCUGGUUGUACGAAUGGGUGUUGAGAGUAGUUGCAACUUGUUGAGCAUGCUAUAUUAAGGCAUGUCAUGUCUUUGUGCCUCAUUCAAUUGAAGCAAAAAGAAAACUCCUUUCUAGUCUCUUCUUUCCUCUUCGUUCAGGAGUUUACUCCUAUCACUGCACCAGGAGAGGCAUUGUAAGGCUAAGAUUUUUUUACUUUUUUUUUUUUUUUGAGAGAGAAAUGGAAAACUUACCAAAGCCUAAAAUGACCGCAAAUCCCGUUAUACUGCAGAGUGAGAACUUGACCAAGUAUAUACUGGAGACCACCGUUUACCCAAGAGAACCAGAGACUCUGAAAGAGAUUAGGAAUGCCACAGCAAGCCACCCUAUGGGCUUCAUGGGCACAGCACCUGAUGCGGGUCAGCUAAUGGCCUUGCUCUUGAAACUUAUGAAUGCUAAGAAGACAAUUGAAGUGGGAGUUUUCACUGGAUACUCUCUUCUCCUCACUGCACUUAACAUUCCUGAAGAUGGAAAGGUAAUAGCCAUAGAUCCAGACAGAAAAGCUUAUGAGAUAGGACUGCCAUUCAUUAAAAAGGCAGGUGUUGAACACAAGAUUGACUUCAUGGAAUCUCCAGCUUUACCAGUUCUUGAUGAACUCUUACAAGAUCCUUCAAAUGAGGGAACUUUUGAUUUUGCCUUUGUCGAUGCUGAUAAACAUAAUUAUUGGAAUUAUCACGAGCGGCUUCUUAAACUGAUUAAGAUUGGUGGGUUAAUUAUCUACGAUAACACCCUCUGGGGUGGAAGUGUUGCCAAGCCUGAAGAGGAUGUUCCAGCACCCAAAAGAGGACCCAGGCAGGCUGCACUGUCUUUCAACAAAGAAAUUGCAAACGAUUCCCGCGUUGAAAUUUCCCUUGCUUCAAUCGGUGAUGGGUUCACUAUCUGCAGGCGUGCUCCCUGAUCCUCAUUUUCCUGUUUUGUAUCAUGCUUGAGAAUAAAAUUUAAUUUUCGUUCUACUAUGUAGGGACAAUGUUGUGACUUUGAUGUUGUGUGUGUAACGAAAUGUAUGUUUCAUUGUAAUUUCCAGUGAAAUAAA